AUGGCCUUUCGGUUGAACCGACUUUGUUAUGGUAACACGGGGAGGGAGAGCGCCAGCCGGGACCAGAUGCAUCUUCCCGGCGUCCUGGCAAUACUACAGGAUCUGGAGCAAAGACGUCCCCAGCUGGAUGAACUCAUAACUGCAGCCCAAAAUUUAAAAAACAAGACCAGCAAUCAAGAGGCCAGAACAAUAAUUACUGACCGCAUUGAAAAAAUACAGAGCCAAUGGGAUGAAGUGCACGGACACCUCCAUAGCCGAAGAGAGCAGCUCCAUGAUAUGUUAAAGGACUCAACACAGUGGCUAGAUGCUAAACAAGAAGCUGAGCAAGUUCUUGAACAAGCAAAAGCUAAGCUUGAAUCAUGGAAGGAAAUUUCCUACACCGUGGAAGCUCUGAAAAAGCAGAACAUGGAUCUUAAGCAAUUUUCAAAAGAAUUACGGCAAGGGCAAAUAAAUGUGGAUGUGGCGAACGACUUGGCACUUAAGCUGCUCCGCGAUUAUUCAGAGGAUGACACGAGAAAAGUACAGCUGAUGACAGAUAGCGUUAAUGCAACAUGGGCUACCAUUAAUAAGAGGGUCAGCGAGCGGGAAGCUGCGCUGGAAGCAGCUCUGCGGAUGUUGCAGCAGUUCUACCUGGAUCUGGAGAAGUUCCUUGCCUGGCUCACGGAAGCUGAAACAACUGCCAAUGUCCUGCAGGACGCCACGCACAAAGAGAAGGUACUAGAGGAUGCCAAAGCAGUUCGAGAACUCAUGAAACAGUGGCAGGAUCUUCAGGCAGAAAUUGAUGCUCAUACUGACAUCUUCCACAACCUGGAUGAAAACGGGCAGAAAAUCCUGCGAUCCUUGGAAGGCUCUGAUGAUGCAGCCCUGUUGCAGCGACGGCUGGAUAACAUGAACUUCAGAUGGAGCGAGCUUAGGAAAAAAUCCCUAAACGUUAGGUCCCAUUUGGAAGCCAGCACGGACCAGUGGAAGCGUUUACAUCUCUCUCUCCAGGAACUUUUGGCCUGGCUGCAACUGAAGGAGGAUGAGUUGAAACAGCAAGCACCCAUUGGGGGAGAUCUUCCCACCGUGCAGAAACAGAAUGAUAUUCACAGGACGUUCAAGAGGGAGCUGAAAACCAAAGAGCCUGUGAUCCUGAGUGCACUGGAGACCGUGCGAAUGCUUCCAGCAGAGCAGCCUCUCGAGGGCCUGGAGAAGCCCCGCCAAGAGCCGAGAGAGUUAUCACCUGAGGAAAGGGCGCAGAAUGUCGCUAAACUUCUCCGGAGGCAAGCAGACGAGGUCAGAAUGGAGUGGGAUAAGCUGAAUAUAAAUUCUGCCGAUUGGCAAAAGAAGAUAGAUGAUGCCCUCGAAAGACUGCAGGGCCUUCAAGAGGCAAUGGAUGAACUGGACCUGAAGCUACGCCAGGCCGAAGUGUUCAAGGGCUCCUGGCAGCCAGUGGGCGAUCUGCUAAUUGACUCUCUGCAGGAUCACUUAGAAAAAGUCAAGGUUUAUCGAGCAGAACUCGUGCCCCUCAAAGAGAAGGUGCAUCACGUCAACGAGCUCGCGCGCCGCUUCGGCCCCUCGGACAUCCAGCUCUCCCAGUACAACCUCAGCUGCGUGGAAGACCUGAACACAAGGUGGAAGGUGCUGCAGGUGGCCAUUGAUGAGCGCAUCAGGCAACUGCAUGAAGCUCACAGGGAUUUUGGCCCUACUUCUCAGCAUUUCCUUACCA